AUGUCGUCCUUCUCCCAUCUGAUCCGCUUCGAAUGUGAAGAGGACGAUAAGGCCUACUUUGCCGACCUCGGACUCGAUUCUGAUCAGUUGCCUUCUCCAGGAACAAAGCUGGGUGCAUUCAAGUCGUUCGAUGGCCUCAUCAACAAGCGCGAGAAAAUCAUGACUUUACGGCGGUUUGCGCCUAUUGGCCCAACAUUGAUCUGCCCGGAGGUUUUUGCCGACAAUACAUCUGCUUACGUCCUCACACGGGUCAACGGCGAGAUCCGACAAAAAGCGGAUCUGCAAAAGGACAUGAUAUUUCCCCAGAGAUCGUUCUUAGCCAUAUAA